UCUUUAACUGACCCUUAGUUGACGUACAGCACUAUGGUCUAUAUUUAAGACUUAAGUACACAUCGGGUUCUUGCUAAUAACAUACUUAUUAUAUAGUUAUUUUAUAUUACACAUUAUUUCAGUUUUCAGUACUUGUCUCUAAUUGACAUCGUCGUUUCCAAUAUAUUCUUGUAUUUUGUGGUUGUAGACUGUUGUGUUGUAGUCUACUGUAAAGCCAAUAGCUUAUUGUUUAGUAUCAACGUUAUUUUUGUUUUAAAUCAUAAUUUAUUUAAACUAUAAUUGUUCGUCCUAUUUAUUUAAAUAAAAUGAGUGUGUGGGCUGAUAAAUACCGACCUAAUUCUUUACAAAAAGUUGAUUACCACCUGGAUCAAGCUCAACAUUUAACAAACCUCGUAAAUCAAGGUGAUUUUCCACAUUUAUUGUUUUAUGGACCUAAUGGUGCUGGAAAAAAGACUCGUAUUUUAGCAUUGUUACGUCAACUGUAUGGCCCUGGCGUUGAAAGGUUACGCACUGAACAUAUGAUUUUCAUGACUCCUUCAAAUAAAAAAUUUGAGAUCAUAACUGUGGCUAGCAAUUAUCAUAUAGAAGUAAAUGCUAGUGAUGCAGGUAUGUAUGACCGCAUUGUAGUUAUGGAACUCAUAAAAACUGUUGCACAAACUCAUCAAUUAGAUUCAACUAAGCAACGGCAUUUUAAAGUUAUCUUAUUAACUGAAGUGGAUAGGCUUACUAAAGAAGCUCAACAAGCCUUGCGACGAACAAUGGAAAAAUAUAUGGCUACUUGUCGUAUUAUUUUGUGUGCCAAUUCCAUUGGUCAAGUGAUUCCAGCCAUACGUAGUAGAUGUUUAGCUAUACGUGUUCCAGCUCCCACUCAUGAAGACAUUUGUAAAAUUUUAAAAACAAUUUGCAAAAAAGAAGGAUUAACAUUACCAGAUGAAUUGGCUUUAAUUAUCUCUCAAAAUUGUGAACGGAACUUACGGCGAGCAAUAUUAAUGUUAGAAGCUAGUAAAGUAAAACAGUAUCCUUUUGAUGUAAAACAAAGUGUUGUUGUACCAGAUUGGCAACUUUAUAUUGGUGAUACUGCUAAACAAAUUUUAAGCCAACAAACUCCUGGAAAAUUGCUUGAAGUUCGAUCUAUGCUUUAUGAAUUGAUAGUUCAUGGCAUUCCAACAAAUGUGAUUUUUAAAUUUUUACUUAAAGAAUUGGUGAAAAACUGUGAUAUUUCAUUGAAACACAAUAUUGUUGAAAUUGCCUCAUUUUAUGAACAUAGUUUAUUAAAAGGUAAUAAAACCAUGUUUCAUUUAGAGGCAUUUGUUGCCAAAUUUAUGUUACUUUAUUCAAAGUUCAUGGAAGAGUCAUUAAAUGGUAUAUUUUAAUUUGUAAUUUUAUAUAUAGCUUGAUUUCUGUUUACUUUAAAUUAAUUGUAAAAACAUAUAUACAUUGUACACUUAUUUUUAUAAUACACAGAAUGAACAUUUUUCUUUUAAUAUCACUCUCCUUUUUGCAAUGAUAUCAAACUCAUAUGUCAUGUGUAGCAAUUGCUUUAAUUUUUAAAUGGGUUUAUCAUAUAAAGAAUGUGGUUGGGAACAUUUUUGGAUUUUGCUUCACAAAAAAAGUGAGUUUAUGCCACUACUUCUUUGUUAGUCUUAUGACUCUACCGACAUUUGUCUUCCACCUUUCUCUAUCCUGUUUCACUUCAAUGUUUCACCAUUCUACACCUUUCAUAUAUUAGUCUUAGUUGUAUGUUAUCUAAAUCCAUGAUCCUGGACAUGGUGUACCCUAUCAAAUUUUAGUUUUAUUGAUCUUUUCCUAAUUGGUUAAUAUUAAGUAGCUAAUUACUAUGUAAAUUAUUUUUUUUUUUACUUUUGUUAUACUCCACUGUAUAAUACAUUUAAUAUAAAAAAUUUUAAUUUAAACAA